UUUACCAGUUGAAGGUCAGUCUGAACUUAAAUUGAGAUUGUGUGUGUUAGAGGGAGCUUCAUGUGUGCUUCUGGUCCUGAUACAUGAUUGCUGAUAUCUUGUUUCACUGAGAAAAUUUUGGUUUGUUUUGUUUUUGCCUGGACCUGUGACCAUCAUCCUUGCGAUCUCAGCAUUGUAAGAUGUUGUUGCUGGGGUCUUUACUUUUAGUUGCGGUUUCUGUUAUAUGCGUAGAGAGAGACUAUUUUUACCACCUCGAUCCAACCACAUGGGACAAUGCUAGGCUGCGGUGUCAGGCCUGUUACAAAGACUUAACCACCAUCACCCCAUUAAAUGCAGAGGUUAUCGGACUGAACCUUAUCUCGGACUACUGGAUCGGCCUGCGGCAAAACAUGAGUGGUUCAAAAUUCUGGGCACGAUGGGCCAACGGUGAGCCUGUCGUCUACCAGAACUGGUAUCCUGGUCAUCCUGUGCCAAAGAAAAAGCCUGAGAUACAGCCCACAUGUCCACCACCUCCAGUUAUCAACAAUACAAAGACAGAGGUGAUGCAGUGCCCAGCUUUCAUGAAACUCUGUAACUGUCUAAAUUCAUCUAGUGGCUAUGAAGACUAUUUGAUGGAAGCCACAGAAAUGUUCAACACAACUAACAGUACUGGGAAGAAGUGUCCAGCCCUGGCAAAGCUCUGUGAUUGUCUAAAUUCAGCUGAGGAAAAUGAAAUGUCUCUUCCAGAAUCAACAACAACUCUAGCUCCAACAACGCUUCUAUCUACAAGUACAAUCCCCCCAGCAAGUACUAUCAGUAGUGACCUAGAGCCUGAAUAUAUUGAGGAUUCCUGCGUGGUCCUGCUCAGCUUUGGCAUGUGGCAGGAAAAGCAGUGCAAUGAAUCCCUGCCCUACAUCUGCUAUGAUGAAAUAUUUUAUGGUGAUGUGAACAUUUCUGACGAGACACAAAGCAGCGCUUUUCUGACUUGGAGUGUGGCAGGUGUGAAUAUUUCUCGGUACAGAGUAGAGAUCAAUGGCAAUCAAACAGUAAAUAUUACAAAUGGGACAAGCUACCAGAUUACAGGCCUGGAUCCUGGAGAGCUCUACAGAGUGCAGAUAAUCCCUGUGAAGUGUGAACGGGACCUCAAUGCUCAGAAUAUCUCCUUCUACACAUUGCCAGAGGAGAUCAGAAAUCUCACCAAAGUGAGUGUGGAAACAACCGUAAUUACCCUCAGUUGGGAAGUAUCAAGAGGAUCUAAUGUAUCCUAUUUAGUAACUACACAGCCGGGGAAUUCAGAUAAAAUUUGCCAAAUAGACAGCUCCAGACAUUGCUCUAUAACCCAACUUCAACCAGGACAAUUGUACAAUUUCACAGUUAGAGCUGUGGUCAAUAGAACCACCUUUGGAAAGUCAGAUUCCAUUCCUGCUUGCACCAAGCCUUCUAAAGUGAUGAAUCUAACUUCUUUAAACAAUAAUAGUACCUCCAUCACUGCAAUGUGGGAUUCACCUGAUGACAACAGAUGGCAAUACAGCUAUAACAUUACUCUAGACAAUAGAAUUUUCACUAGUGAUUCUAAAAACAUUACAAUGCCCAACCUUGUACCUGGUACUAAAUACACAGUAAACGUGUCAGCAUUUGUACCAGCCUGCUCUGAGAAUGGAGAAACAGCUUCCAUCAGUGCCUACACCAUACCGAUGUCCGUGAGCAACCUUCAUCUGAUCACUUAUAAUGACAGUAUUACUGCAACCUGGGACCUUCCAAAUGGAAAUUUUGCUUGGUUCAAUGUGACUAUCUCUAGCUCCAUGAGUGAGAACAUCUCAUGUCCCACUAACAUUACCAACAAUCUGAAUUAUACUUUCAAAUCUCUGAAAUCAGCAGCAUUGUACACUGUUAGUGUCGUUACUUAUGUGGAGAAAGACCUGAAUCCAAGCACACCAACCACUGAAUCAAAUUAUACCAGACCUAAUUCACCUGGUACAGCCAAGGUGGAAAACAGAAACAGUAGUACUGUAUGUUUAAGUUGGAAAAUCCCUGAGAAUUCACAAGGGGUUAAAAAUAUUACUUACUCAGUGAAAUAUCUUUCUAAUUUUUGGAAUGAUAAAGGAAACCAGAACAUAACUGACAAUACCUCUGUCAUCAUUUAUGGAUUAAAAUCUGGCAGCAAAUACACAUAUAACAUCACUGUCCUAGCUGGAACUUUGGAGAGUCUUCCCUCUGUGACCAGCGGAAUAACAGAGCCUGUAAAUAGAACUCUAACCAUUUCACUGCUGUGUUCCUCUUCCACUGGGCUUUACUGCAUGAGCAACAGCACUAAGCAAAAUGUCCUUAACAAGAUUUACAGUACUAUUUUGGAAACAUUUAAGGAUAACAUUUUCUGGAACCUUACAUUGCAUUAGAGAAAUGACAAGAAUGCACAAAUUAUUUUCUGAAUGCUUGCAAGACUGUCAGUUUUGCUUCUUUAAUGUCAUUUAAACGACUGUGAUGUUCUCUGCUCUUUAUGUCAGUUUUAUAUUUAUUACAAGCCAUGAUGCUUUACGUCUCUUAUAAUUACAUACUAAGGAUAAUUCAUUCUCAUAUGUAAGUUAAUCAAAGAAUAAUGUAGCUGAUUGUGGAUUAUAAACAUAUUUAUACUUAAUGGGA